GACCAUUUCUACACUACCGAUCCCAAAGGCGAGGUCGCUCAGGAGGCCGGAUACCAUCUCGAAGGCAUUACCGGCUACCUGUACCCAAGCCCCACCAACGGAACUGUCCCUUUGCUCCGCUGGUUCAGCACCAACGGCGACCACUUUUACACGACUGAUCCCAAAGGUGAAGUCGCACCAGAGGUUGGAUACAAGUUCGAGGGCAUCACUGGCUAUCUCUAUCCAGCAAACACCAAUGGCACCAUUCCCCUGUAUCGCUGGUACCAUGCUGACACUCACGACCACUUCUACACCAUUGAUCCCAGUGGUGAGCUCGCCCCAAGCGCUGGAUACAAGUCCGAGGGUAUUACCGGUUACCUCUAC